GCCUCGAACCUGGCAAAUUCAACACAUUGAGAAUGCAUCAACCCGCGGGCUAUUAUAUGUUGUGAACUCAGUCCCGCAGGUUAUACUCGAAGUAAUUGGGCUAUUGUAGUGCUACAAUUGCUGUGUUGCCGCCGCCGUCCGUACUACGUGCGAUCCGGGCAGACCAUACAAAAAGCCGGGCAGGACAGCGUUUCUUGACAUUUUUCACCGCUGGUAAUACAUACCAUGGCGCACAAUAAAUACACCCUCCGUGUCACGGCGGGCACUUCCUACGAUCCCAGCACGCACGAGACUGUCACCGUAAACUCUGCGACGCCCAUCUCCAUCAAGUCGGAGCACACCGACGUUUCGCUCAAUAUCCGCAUCCGGAAUUACCACGGACUUCCUCACUCCUCGCCGGAAAACAGCCCGUAUUUUUCCUUACCCGAUUACACCAAGCACCAGUACUCGAUCUCCUUCUCAUUCAACCCCACCGAAGCAAUCCCCGGCGAUGAUCUGGUGUUUGGAAACGAUUUCGACCAUCCCAUAAGAGAUAGGUUACCGCCGGCAUUUGGAUCCGCGUUCAAAAUUGUCAAAUGGGCUGUUGAUCCGGGCCUCGAGGCGGACGUGUAUGCGGACAAGCCGUGGUUGUUUGGAAAAUUCCUGAGCAGCAUCGACAAGUUAUGGCUCGGCAGCAAGAACGGCGAUUCUUCAGGCUCACCAGGAGCCAAGAAGGGUAAGGAGAACUUCGAUGAAAAGAUCGGGAUUCUCGUUCAAGAGGGCGGGGCAGCUGAUGGUCUGGCUUACCGGAAAGAGAAGGGCAUACCUGAUACCGCUGCGGCGCGGAAGAAGUAUUUUCUCGUAGAGGGCAAUCGCAAAGGCUUCGAAUUCGAGGCUGGCCGGCCCGUGUUCGUUGAUUUCGGGAACCCGUACCUGGAUUUCAACAAAUUUGCGCUCAAGCUGCCCGGCUUCCACCUCCCCAUCAUGUCUUACUGGGACGGCCAACCACUCCGCAAAGGAGAGAAGAGGACGAUCAGACGCUCACAUAGCCUCAGAUAUGUGCUAAAGAAUCGCGUUACUGGGGUUGUGUAUCUCGUCGUUCUGUUUUCGUUGUAUCUCAAGGAAGAUGUCAAUGAGGAUGGGACGAUCAAGGAAGGCGUCGACUUGAAUAAGGGCAAGCAAGUCACUGUGGAGGAGAAGGACGUAGAGGAAAGCGAGAGUAGCAGUGAUGAAGAACAGGAAGAGGAAAAGCCUGCUGCCAAGAAUGGGGACAAGACCGACGAUAAGAAAGAGCAGUAUGGCGACACUAACGCGGACGAUGUGGAUUAGACGGCGGGAUGGGACGUAAUAAUUAGAGCACAACAUGCUUGUUCAUGUUAUGCUUGUUCACAGUGGGCAAAAUUUAAAAGUCGGAAAUAAAACGUAGAAAGACAGUAUGUACAUAU